GAUUACUUUGUCCACUGUCAGUCGAUUCUCGUAUCUGCAUGAAACGUUUUGGCAUUAUCACUAUAAGAUUUAAUGAGAUAUUGUUUAUUCAAUAUUAAUUAAUCGUUUAUUAUUUAUAAUGAAAAUGUUUAAACAAUUGUUUUGUUUCACCACGUUUUGUUUUUCACAAGUUUUCUUUCCUUUUAAUUAUGUCAAUGCUCAGGAAAGGUAUGUUGAAAGGUGCUGGACAAGAAAUAAUGAAGUUGGUGAAUGUAUAAAUAUUCGUCAAUGUCCACCAAUGCUACAACUUCUUCAAACACAGCCAUUGACCAGAUUAGUUUUUGACAAACUUAGAGAAGCUCAAUGUGGUUUUGAAGGUCGAGAUCCUAAAGUAUGUUGUGUACAAACAUCGAUUGAUCCAACACCUGCAACCCCUACUGAACCCACUGAAUGGAACAAUCAAGAAACAAAUAUUAACUCUAGAAGUAAUUUGCUUCCUGAAGUAUGUGGUAGAGAUCUUUCUCUUCGAAUCGUUGGUGGAGAGCGAGCUGAUCUUGAUGAGUUUCCAUGGAUGGCUCUACUAGAAUAUCAAAAACCAAAUGGAAGAUCUACUGCAUGCGGUGGAGUAUUAAUUAGUCAUAGAUAUGUUUUAACUGCCGCUCAUUGUAUCAAAGGCAAAGAUCUUCCUAAAACCUGGCGUUUAGUAAGUGUUCGAUUGGGUGAAUAUGACACCUCAACAGACAAUGAUUGUAUUAGUGAUGGUCGAGGUUCUCAAGUUUGUGCUCCACCACCAAUAGCUGUUGGUGUGGAGGAACAAAUUGCUCAUGAAGAUUACAAUCCAACAUCAAGAGAUCAGAAAAAUGACAUUGCUUUAUUACGACUUAGUCAAGAUGUUUCCUUCACAGACUUUAUUAAACCCAUUUGUUUGCCCAACGAUGAAAAUGUCCCUCAACGAGUAUGGGUAGCUGGAUGGGGCAAAACUGAGAGUCGAAGUGAUUCUGAUGUUAAAUUAAAACUUGCCCUUCCUAUUUCUGAUCGACAAGCGUGUCUAGAACGAUAUGGAAGUGCUUCUGUGUUUCUUGGUGAUUCUCAACUUUGUGCUGGAGGUCAACGAGGAAAAGAUUCAUGUAGAGGAGACUCUGGGGGUCCAUUGAUGGCUGUAGAAAGCACGAGAGAUGGUUUCAAGAGAUGGACUACUGUUGGUGUAGUAUCAUUUGGACCUUCACCAUGUGGUAUGCAAGGAUGGCCUGGAAUUUAUACCAAAAUUUCAAAAUAUACUGACUGGAUAUUGCAAAAUAUGAGACCUUAAUUAUCACAUUGAUAUUAAAAUCAUGACAAUAAAUACAUAAACAACACAGUAAAAAG